AAGCUUGACAUCAUCCUACCAGAAGCACCAAAGCAUCACGAAUAACCAAAUCACCAAGUUACCAAGUUACCAAGUUACCAAGUCACCAAGUCACCAAAAUGGCAGACGUGCAUCCUCGGGCAAUUCCCACUCCCGCAGAGCCACAAGAUGGCAACGUCGUUCAAAAUAUGAUGAACUCCGCUCGCGAGACCAUGGAGUCAGCCCAAAACAACCCGACCGUCAAAGACGUCAAGCACUCACUGACCGAGGGCCCCAUCGCUCAGGGCGUCAAAGAGCAAACUGGGAAGGCGUCGGCCGAGUUCCAAGAUUUGGCGAACUCGCGGACCACGCCUGAGCAGCCUGCUGCUACUGGCCAGCCGUUGACCCAUUAUCAUUCGAUGCUCUACCGGCUGCUCAGCUGGAAGAACCCCCGUGCCACCGCCAUCACCUUCGCCGCGAACGUUCUCCUCAUCUUCGCCGCUCGCUACCUCAACAUCCUUCGCUAUGCGUUCAAGGGUCUCUACAUGGUGCUCGGAAUCACUGCCAGCGCUGAGAUCGUGGGACGAUCGGUGUUCGGAAACGGAUUCGUAACGCAGCUGAGGCCGAAUCGCUACUUCAUCAUCCCAAGGGACUCGCUGGAGCGGUUUACCGACGACUUCGGCCAGCUGGUGAAUUUCGUGGUCAUUGAGUUCCAGCGUGUCGUCUUCGCGGAGAACAUCUACGUGACGCUCGGGGCCUUCCUCUCCACCUUCCUCUCCUACUUCCUCAUCAAAUGGCUCCCCCUCUGGGGCCUCGCCCUCCUCGCCACCUCCACCGCCUACCUCGCCCCGCUGAUCUACCUCCAAAACAAGCCCUUCAUCGACGCCCACCUGCAGCGCGCCUCCGACCUCGUCUCUGACCAGGCGCAGCAGAUGCGUUUGCUCGCCGCGGAGCGUGCGGGGCAGUAUUCGGAGCUGGCGAGGAGCGUCGCCGGGGAGUAUACAGCGAAGGCGCAGGAGUUGGUCGGCGGUGCGAGGCAGAGGGGGAAUGGGAACGUUGGGGAGAAGAAGCCAGUGGGCGUGAAGGAGGGGGAUUUUCCGAGGGCGCCGAGGGAGGAGCCGGUAGUGGUAGAGGGGGUAACGUCGGGGGCGGAGCCGUCGAUUCCGGUGGCUAGUUUCUAGGGGUCUACUGUCGAUGAGCUGGAAUCCACUACGAGGUGGAGUUGAGAACCUGUGAGGAGGUGCCGGUAAUAGCAACGCAAUCGAUCCGCACUGCGGAAAAGCAGGCGGUUUGUGCAAAGUACCGUACCACUAAUUGCAGUCUGCAACGAUGACGAACGCAUGAGCAGGCGGAUGAUGGACU